CGAAGACAAAAUCGAAGAUGGCAACAAAAUCCAUGGUAGAUAUCGAGAAAACAAAGAAGAAAAUAAACGUGUUGAUCGUCGAUGAUGAUCCACUAAACCUGCAAAUUCAUGAGAAGAUCAUCAAAGCGAUUGGGGGUACUUCGCAGACAGCGAAUAACGGUGAGGAGGCAGUAAUCAUCCACCGUGACGGCGGCUCAUCUUUUGACCUUAUCCUAAUGGAUAAAGAAAUGCCCGAGAGGGAUGGAGUUUCGACAACUAAGAAGCUAAGAGAAAUGGAAGUGAAGUCAAUGAUUGUUGGGGUGACGUCGCUGGCUGACAAUGAAGAGGAGCGUAGGGCUUUCAUGGAAGCUGGACUUAAUCAUUGCUUGGCAAAACCCUUAACCAAGGCCAAGAUCCUCCCUCUCAUUAACCAACUCAUGGAUGCCUGAUGGAUAUAUAUUUAAUAUUAUGGAAACACACAUAAUAGCGUCUAAGUGUGUAUGUAUGCAUAGAUAUUUGCAUGUGUGUGUUUUAGAAUUUAGGGUUCUUUAUCGUCCGUUAUAUAUAAUCAUGUAAGUUGUUGCUUUAAG